CCUUCUAGUUUAUCUCAAUUUCCUUAACAAACACAAUCUCUUAAUAACAUUUAACUUCCCCUUUUUCCAUAGAAAAAAAUGUCAUUUUCCUUUCUCUCCCUCUUAUUGUUUUCUUCAACUCUCUUUCUCUUUCUGAGAGUUGAAUCAUGGUACUCCCCUACAAUCUCAUCUCUAAUAAGUAAAAACCUUUUUGAUUCAAUUUUCCUACACAAGGAUGACACUGCAUGUCCUGCAAAAAGCUUCUACCCUUACCAAUCCUUCAUUGAAGCUUCCAAAUCUUUUCCACAAUUCGGUACUACUGGUUGUUUAGCCACAAGAAAACGUGAGAUAGCUGCUUUUCUUGCACAGAUUUCUCAUGAAACUACUGGUGGAUGGUCCACUGCACCUGAUGGCCCAUUCUCUUGGGGAUUAUGCUUCAAAGAAGAAAUUAGUCCUCAGAGUAUUUACUGUGAUUCUACUGAUAAAGAUUGGCCUUGUUUUGAAGGCAAAAGCUAUAAAGGAAGAGGUCCCAUACAACUUUCUUGGAAUUUCAACUAUGGACCAGCAGGGAAAGCAUUGGGAUUUGAUGGGCUGAGAAAUCCAGAAAUUGUAUCAAACAAUUCAGUGAUUGCAUUCAAAACUGCUCUAUGGUUUUGGAUGACAGAAAGAAAACCAACACCUUCAUGCCACAAUGUCAUGGUUGGAAAAUAUGUAGCAACAGAAGCUGACAUAGCUGCUAAUAGAACAGCUGGUUAUGGUUUGGUCACAAACAUAAUCAAUGGUGGAUUGGAAUGUGGAAUUCCUGGUGAUGCAAGAGUCAACGAUCGAAUUGGAUUUUUUCAAAGAUAUUCUAAGUUGUUUAAUGUAGAUGUUGGACCUAACUUGGAUUGUGCAUAUCAGAAAUCCUUAUAAUCAUUAGUUCUAACUUUAAUUCCUGCAUGUAGUUGUGUUUUUUUUCUUCUUUUGAUUCUCACAGAACUUCAAUAAUUUCUACAAUUAAUCAUUUAGAGGCAUUGUUGUAUUCAUUUGAGUCGCGCGAAAGCUUAAACUAAGAACACCAUAAAAGAAUAAUUCAGAAA